AUGGAGACCCAACACGAGGCAAACUUUGAGCGAGGACAAACAAGCUAUCUUUAUGAACGAGAUGCAACUUCGGAGAAAUCAAUUGUCUCAGCCCUGUUACCCACCUCAUCUAUAUCUCAGAGACUAUACCGACACUGGAAACACCCACAAGCCGACCAUUACGAAUCAUUGUGGAAGACAACCAGUGCCCCCUCAACCAAACAUUAUGGAGAAAUGCUUGGGCAACCUAAAAAGGAGAAAAGCAAUUUCAUUGGAUCGUCGUCGUUGGACCUCUCAUCCGGGAACUACAUUUCGUUCCUUUCAUACAGAAUUUCUUUUCCGUUCUUAAAAUCCGCACCCGUUUAUUUCCCCCAGUUCCCUUUGCCGGGGAUUUUCACCACGAUUAUGCUUCUACUCGCUUUGGUAUGGAUUGCGAUCCUGACUAUUGGGUUGGUGGAGGUGGGUACCUACUUAUGGAACCGAGGACAAAUUGCUCAGCUUGCGGGUGAAAGCGAUGAGAUGGCGCGGGACAACUCAGAAAGCAGGGUCGACGAAUUGAUCAAAGCGCCAUUACAGGUUCUUGUCAGUCCAAGAAUUCCUAGAUGCGAAGUUGUCAGACACCAAAAUGAGAAUGUGCUGCUGUCGACGAACUCGACAAGAAACUCGGAAUCCGGUUCUGAGGCGGAAGAAUCUCGCAUGCCUUGA